AUUCACAAAUUAAAAAAUUUUUAAUUACGAUGAAACAUAAUUUUAAGAAAAUAUGUAAAAGGAGAUUCCUAGAGUAAUAUAUAUUGAAAUAUUGAUCAGAAAAUAUAUUGAUACAUUAUCAGACAUUGUAUGCAUUCAUAGAAUUUGACAUAUUUUCAAAAAAUAAUUUUUUCUUUAAUCUAUUCGAUAUGAAGAUUCGAUUACAUUUUAUAUAAUAUAAUAAGAAUGUAUAACAAUUAAAGUUAUAUAUAUGAUGUAAAUACCACGUGUUUUUGUAUGGUUAGCUUCGGAACAAACCACAUGUCGGUGCACCGUAUAUAUAUGUGCUGUUUCACGAGUUAUACUUUUUGGUUAUACGCUCUCAUAAAUCUCUAAAUCAUUUAUUUACAACUCUCUCCUCUGUAUCUCUGUAUCAAUCUAUAAAAAUGCGUUGGAAACUUCCAAAACCUUUUUUUUACGCUUCUGUGGCAGCGACUACUGUCGCCGUAUCAUAUUUGACAAAAGAUUAUAUGGGCGGUACAAAAUAUACUGGCAAAGAGAGCUUAGUCAACAAAGUUGUUAUUGUGACAGGAGCUAAUACUGGUAUUGGAAGGGAAACAGUCUUAGAAUUAGCUAAACGUGAUGCAAAAGUUAUCAUGGCAUGCAGAGAUAUGAAAAAAUGUGAAAAGGCACGUCAAGAAAUUGUAUUUGAAACGAAAAAUAAAUAUGUAUACUGUAGGAAGUGUGAUCUGGCAUCACAAGAAAGUAUUAGAAAAUUUGUCAAGCAGUUUAAGAAUGAACAUGAUAAACUUCAUAUACUUAUUAAUAAUGCUGGUGUAAUGAGAUGUCCAAAGAGUUAUACCAAAGAAGGUAUCGAAAUGCAGCUUGGAGUUAAUUAUAUAGGACAUUUCUUGCUUACAAAUUUACUUUUGGAUGUUUUAAAAACGUCUGCACCAUCCAGAAUUGUGAAUGUAUCAAGUGCCUCUUAUUAUAGAGGCAAAAUAAAUAUGACAGAUUUAAAUAGCGAUAAAGAGUACGAUGCUGGUAAUGCUUAUACACAAAGUAAAUUAGCCAUCAUUUUUUUCACUAGAGAAUUGGCAAACAAAUUGAGAGGAACUGGUGUUACUGUGAAUGCUGUUCAUCCUGGUAUAGUGGAUACAAAUAUAACACGACAUAUGUUUGUAUACAACAACUUCUUUAUACGAAUAUUUCUGAAACCAUUUGCUUGGCCGUUUAUUAGAGCGCCUCUGCAAGGAGCGCAAACUGUUUUGUAUGCAGCAUUAGAUCCUAGUCUUACAGAUGUUUCUGGCUGUUAUUUCGACAAUUGCGAAAUGAAGGAAGUAGCAGAGGAAGCCAAAAAUGAUAAUCUGGCAAAGUGGCUGUGGAAAGUUAGUGAAAAAUGGACACAAUUAGAUGUGCAAUUAAGGUGGAUGUAAGAAGCAAAAAUGUUUGCCGCGCAAGCGCAAAAGAACAAUGCAAUAACCUAUCAACUCUUCUUUCUUACGGAAAAGUGCUAAGUUGAUUGGCUAUUGGAUUGCUU